UUUCGUUAAUUUUAAAUGAUAAUAUGAUUUAAAUUUGAUUUUAUCGUUAAAAUUCCUGGAAUGAUUGGGAGAUGAAUUUAUUCGUUCUUCAAUAUGGAAUGGUUUGAAAUUUUUCCGAUGAAGCAUUUCCAUAUUCCGUGAGGACAUGCUGGAAAUUCUGGGAAAUUGAAGCACAGAGAAUGUAUUGAAAAAUAAUAUUCAACAUUCUUUGAAAGAAGAAAAGAAACAAACAAAAAAGAAUAUUCAUGAUGAGAAAAACAAAGAAAAUUUCAUUUCGAAUAUUAUUAUUAAAAAAUGAAAACUAAUAUCGUUCCAGUGAUUUCAUUUUCCCUAAAUCGAAUGUCUAGAAGAAGAGAUACAUCUAUGUAAUAAAUUCUGUCCAAUUAUAACAUACUUACUAAUUGCCAAGAUUGGAAAAAACGAAAAGUUCCGUGAUUUUUCAACAGAAAAAGAACAGUAACUAAGAUAGAAAAUUUCAUCGCCAUUCGUUUUCGGUACAAACUGUAGCGCCAUCUAUCAGAAGGCUUGCACGUGAGUUUUGAAAAGCUGACUCGCCCAGAGCUUCAUUAUUGAUCGCCAAAUCGUGCUCAAGAGUGCCACAUGGCGAAGUUCUCAAGGAGAAGAGAAUGAAAAUUCCCUUUAAUAUCACCGAACUGCACGGCACUUGAAGUUCGCCAAGUGAACACUCAAAAGACUGAGAAUAAUGUUAUUAUCGUAGUAGAAUUGCGAGAUAUCAAGAAAACUUUUCGUUCAGUUUGAGAACUUUUGGCGAGCUAAGCGCUCGUGCGAGAUCAUUUUGUUUUUCAACUGGAUUGUGUAAAGAGGCUCUCAAGCUCACGUAAGUUCUCAACUCCAUAAUGUGAUAAUAUUGAAUCAAUGAAAUCUUUAUCAUUUUUUAUAAAAUGGCUACAAGCAAGAAAAAUGACUGAAGAACUAUGAAGCCAUCGACUAUUAUUUUUAAAGUGUAAUUUGCAGAACAUUCUUUAUUCUCUGAAACAUUCAAUGAACGAAUAACGAUGAAAAAUUCUACUUCACAAACUUCAGAUAUUUUAUACAAAGUUCUAAACAUGAAAGAGCCAGAGCUUUUUACAAGAAUUGCUUGACUAAAACGAAGAUAUUACUCCGUAUCUAUCUAAAUUACCAAACUUCGAACUAUUUAACAUUCUUUUUAUGAUAUCAGUUCACUUGGAUGGAUGUCAGCUUACUCGAUUACGAUUAAGGUGAUCAUCGUCAUCAUCGUACUGAUCGAGUGCGGGGCCUUCGGGGAAGGAUUUAAUGGAGGUGGCCGGUGCGGAACGGGGGAGUGGAAUUGCUACAGCUUGGAACAAGGUUUGAGAUGCAUCCCACUCAAUAAGUUCUGUGAUGGAAUUAGAAAUUGCCCGGAUGGAUCAGACGAGCCCUCGGAGUGUACGAACUGCAACAAGACAUAUUCCGGUAAAGCAGGAGUCAAGUAUCCCAUCAGAGUGACCGGACCCUUCCAGAGGUUCCUGCCAUUCGUCUGCAAGGUGAACUUCGUGGCCAUGGGAGGAGAUUUUGGAGAUUUCGUCGAACUCUCCUUCCUGUCCUUUCAGAUUGGAAGAUUCGAAUUCACCAAGGAUUUAACCUCUGCCUGCCAGAAAGGUUACAUGAGGAUAUAUGAGCCACUUCCAAGUACAAAUGACGAUCCAGUCGAAUAUCCUUACUUUGGAAGCUUCUGCGGCCGGCUAACAGAAAGGAGUGCCACUUUUCAUUCCAAAUCCAACAAUGUUUCUCUCUUCAUUGUGAUUCCAAGCCGAGCUUUCAUACCCUCUACAACUUUCAGCCUCUUUCUCACCUACCGAUUCUUGACUCGGUACCAGAAGCAAGCGGUUUCCUCCAUUUCUGGUCAUUUAAGUUACCAGUAUGGAACGGCUAUACCAGGAACAUUUUGUGACAGGAUGUUCCUCAACUGCCAUUUACGUCCUUGCAGACUGAGGAGUCCCAAUUUCCCAGGAUUUUAUCCCAGAAAUAUCACCUGCAAUUACCACAUCAAACAAAUGCAGAUUCCACAUGGUAGUGUUGCCUCGAUUGUUCUGCAUCAGCCAAACGAUUACAAGAUAUUCGUUCCUAGAGGUGGAGAAUCUUCUCCCUCAAGCACUACAUUGAAUACAAGGGGAAGUUCUUCUUUGUCAACGGAUUGUGCUGAUGGUAUUAGUGAUGCAGUCAGGGUCUAUGAUGGGGCAACAACAGAUAUGUCUCUUCUCGCUAAGUUCUGUGGUGAUGGACCAAUGCCUUCUGUGAUAUCCAGUGGCCCUGAAUUGCUUGUUCAACUGUACAGUGCUCCAUACAGUUUUUUGUGCAGUUCAAGACUGGAGAUUGAAAUUUCCAUCAAAUUUGAACCAGAAACAGCACCAUUCAUGCAAAAGGAUAGAAGCAGAUGUGCUUAUAUCAUAGAUGCUAACAGGCAUAGGCGCCAGGGUGUGAUCAUCAGCCCAAAGUACACUAUGCCUGAAAAUUCAUCGUGUAUUUACAAGUUUAUAGGAGCAUCCAGUUACGAUCGCAUAUGGUUGUACUUCGUGUCUUAUCUUUCAAGGACAAAACAGAGGACACCAAAUAACAAAGAUGAUUUAGAUGAGUGUACAUUUAGCAAACUGGAAAUGUUUGAUAGCCACGAACGAUGGCCCAUGCUUGAUAUCAGUGAUACCUUCGAUAGUUUUCCUUUGCAGUUCUGUGGUGAAAUCAACAUUCCAAGAAUGUGCCUUCAUGCAGCAGACUUUCCACCAUUAUAUUCCGCUGGAAGACCAUGCAAAUUCCCAGAAGAAAGCUAUCUCUCUUCUGGACCGACAUUUGCCCUGAAGCACAUUUUUCUUUCAACUUUAGAUGUUGUUGAUGUUUUCAGCUACAGUAAUUUCGUGGUGCGGUAUGAAUUUGUGGAUACGAGACAAGACGGCAUUGCUAUUGGUAGGACAGAGUGUGACAGAAGAUUUGACAGUCGAUCUGCAAAAGGAGGAUUCAUAUCGAAUCCCAAGAAUAUAUUUCUGUACGGAAGGGGUGGCCGUGAAAAUUUAUCAUGUGCUUUCCAUUUCAUUGGUUUACCCUCCGAGAGGGUACGUAUUACGAUUUUCAAUGCAAGAUUGGCUGUUCAUUCGUCUGAAUUACACUGCGAAGCACAAUAUGACAAUUUUACACAAAGACAUAUAUGUGCUAUAUCUUCAAACAAUCGUUAUGGUAGAAUGGCAUAUCUUCGUGGCAUUGAAUACUGGGACAGCCACUCAUCCAUAAUAGGAUGCAUAUGCAAUACAACUUCUUUGGAUAAAUCCAGAAAGUUUGUAUUCGACUCUUUGGUAAACAACGUCAAACUUGUAUUUUCAGUGAAUUCUAUGAAUUCCUUUGAAGAUUUUAAUCACUUUAAUUUCGAUGCUAAGUUUGAAUUCUUCAACUCAACUCUGUGCAACACCCACGUUUUUGAUGGCCGCACAGGUUUAAGUACCCAAGGUAACCUUGAAUUUCAUGUGCCUCAAGGUAGAACAAACUUUAGUAGUGGUGAAGAUAUGCUUCAGCCUCUUCGAUGCCGCUGGCAGAUUAAAGCUUUGACUGAAAGAUAUUUGUAUCUUCAAUUCAGUGGCUAUGAGGUUAGCGUGGAUAACUGCAAAGAUGGUAUACUAGUGUUAAUAUAUCUCGAAACUCAUUUAAUAAAGCCAACUGUCAGUGCUUGCGUCAUUUCUGAGUUAUUCAGCAAUCGAUUGCCAAUGAAAGAGUACCACGUCUUUUCACAAUCUUGGUAUAAUGAUUCAUAUAGCAUCAUAGACAACCGGAGAGAUUUUAUGUUCAUUGAAAUAGUAGCCAGCUCAAACUGGAAAGGCAUCAAACUCAAUUUUCAUUGGAUGGAAGUGACCAAACCAUUCUACAGAAGCUUGACUGGGCGGCCAUUAAGAAAUGUGGACUGCAUAUUUGAGUGCCCUGAAAUCGGAGCUUGCAUCGAUCCACAUUUAUGGUGCGAUGGUACAAACCACUGUCCAUCUGGCUUCGAUGAAUCUGCAGCUAAUUGCCAUCCCCUGGCAAAAGGGAUGCAGUACCUUUCACUAAUCAUAACUUUGGCCGCAGUUGUUUUGUUUGCGUCAGGCCUGAUAAUUGCAUGGGUAUUGAUUAGACAUCGGCUUAAAAAUCGAGAAGGUAGCACCGAUACCGACGACAGAACAAAAGAUUAUAAUCAUCGUUUGACUCCUACUGAUGACUAUCCUAUGGAGCAUCAUUCCAGCUGACAUCAAUAACCAAAACAUUUUGCAUUUAAACUUAUAUUAAGUGUUUGGAUGUUACCCUUAUAUCUCUGAUUCUUGCUGUCACUUUGCAUGGUAAAUGUAUUUAUUAUGUCACAUCUAUUUCAUUAACAGGGUUGUUACAUUUUUAAA